AUGGGGAACGCUUGUGUAGGAGUAGGACCAAGUAAUGUUUGUGGUGCGACUAGGUUUUUUCAAUCUGUCACACAGGCGGUCUGGCGGCCGACUAUCGAGGACCCGUUGCUGGCGGCUAAUGAUGAUAACAGCAACAAAACCGGUGAAGGAAAUGCGAUUGAGAUCCCGGUUGAGGAAUCCAAGAAGGAUGAACCAAGUAAGCCAAAACCCCAAAGGCCAAAACACAUGAAAAAGCUGUCAACCAUGCAACUCGAGUCAGUGCUGGGAAGGAAAACUGGGAAUAUGAAAGAGUUUUAUAGCUUGGGGCGUAAGUUAGGGCAAGGACAAUUUGGAACGACGUAUUUAUGUGUCGAGAAAGGCACCGGGAAAGAGUUUGCCGGCAAAUCCAUUGCCAAGAGGAAGCUGACCUCAGCCACCGAGCUGGAUGACGUUAGAAGGGAAAUUCAUAUUAUGCACCGUCUAGCAGGUCACCCAAAUGUGAUACAAAUCAUAGGUGCUUAUGAAGAUGCUGUGGCUGUUUACGUUGUUAUGGAGCUUUGUGCUGGCGGGGAGCUUUUCGAUAGAAUUAUUCAAAGAGGGCAUUAUACCGAGAGAAAGGCGAUAAAACUAGCUCGAAUAAUGAUUGGCGUUGUGCAAGCUUGCCAUUCUCUUGGUGUUAUGCAUCGUGAGCUCAAGCCUGAAAAUUUCCUAUUCGUUAACAAGGAAGAGGAGGCACCACUUAAAACAAUCGACUUCAGGCUUUCAAUGUUUUUCAAGCCAGGUCAUAUAUUCAAUGAGGUGGUUGGAAGUCCCUAUUAUGUGGCUCCAGAAAUGUUGCUGAAGCAUUAUGGUCCAGAAUGUGAUGUUUGGAGUGCUGGAGUGAUCAUUUAUAUUUUACUUUGCGGAGUUCCCCCAUUCUGGGAUGUUGUAGAUUAUAACCUAAUAUUGCUGGAGAAUGACAAAAAGAGUAAUAUUGUAUGGUUUACAUUGUUCUGUUAUAUUAACUACAAGCUGGGAGGACAUAACUUGUAUGUCCCGGAUAUGCAUCAUCACAGGCGAAGUACACAGGAUUAUUUACCUUCAUGUUUCUUGGAAGGUCACCCUUGGGUUCAGGAGGAUGAUCUUGCUCCGGAUAAACCUCUCGAUUCUGCUGUCCUGUCCCGUUUGAAGCAAUUUUCUGCAAUGAACAAGCUGAAGAAAAUUGUCAUCAGAGUCAUUGCUGAUAGUCUAUCAGAAGAGGAAAUUGCAGGCCUGAAAGAAAUGUUUAAGAUUAUAGAUGCAGAUAAUAGUGGACAGAUCACUCUUGAGGAACUGAGAUUUGGUUUGGGAAAAGUUGGUUCUAAUCUCAAGGAUUCCGAGAUUAACGGGUUAAUGCAAGCGGCAGAUAUCGAUAACAGCGGUACUAUAGAAUAUAGCGAGUUCAUAGCGGCCAUGCUUCAUCUGAACAAGAUCCAAAAAGAGGAUCAUCUGUUUGCAGCUUUUAACUACUUUGACAAAGACGGGAGUGGCUACAUCACUCCAGAUGAGCUCCAACAGGCCUGUGAGCAGUUUGGCUUGCAUGAUGUUCACUUGGAAGAUGAUAUACGCGAUGUCGACCAAGAUAAUGACGGGCGUAUCAAUUACAGCGAGUUUUUGGCUAUGAUGCAAGACACAGGUUUAGCCAUAAAUCACAAAACCUUCAAGUACUGAUACACCAUCUUGCUAUGGUGAGACUCCUUAAUCCAUAUUUCUUUACAUCUGACUAAAAUUUUGAUCUUUAACCUUGGAUCUUAGAGGCAAUCCCUGCUGUAUAUCAGAAAGUUGGCUAGU